AUGUUUUCGACUCUGCUGGUUGUCGUUGUGGGAGUGACCAAAAUAUGGGCCACAGACUACAUCAUGCUGAUCGAGGACUCGGACAUCUACACGCCGUGCACCGAAGGUCCUCCAGGAUCAAUUCCCCUCAACGAAGCCUUCGAUGUGACCGUCAUGGAGGCCAAUGUAGACGCCGAGGGGAUUCAUGUUUCGGGGAAUGUUACAUCUAAAAUGAGUACACCGCGCUCAGAUCGCAUUUCCGCCAGAUUGAGUGUGCUGCACUAUAACCGCGGUAGCUGGGAGCCGACAGUAUUUAACAGCCACACGCCGGACUUUUGCGCCGCAAUGUUUAAUCCGAGGGAGUUUUGGUUUAAAUACUGGUUCAAAAAUUUUCAAAAUCGCGAGGAGAUCCAAGAAAAGUGCCUCGGAACAAAGGGUACCGUUCUGGUGUAUGAACCGUUUAUUGUCAUUCCGCGUCUUGAUAACGUCAUGGGCCCUACUGUUCAAGGACGAUAUAAGGCGGUGUUCCUCUUUGAAGUAUUCGACGAAAAUAACGUACAACGAGAUAUAUCCGUAUGCUUCGAGGUCACAGGCGAGGUUGAGAAAGUACGAAAGUAAUAAUCUCGAGCCCAUUCGUAAUUAUUGAUCAUAAAAUAUUUUAUUUUAAUGAAAUUUUUAAAUAAACUACAAAUU